UUUACUUUUUUAGUCACCUGUUUGUUUUGAAAACAUUGCAUGGAAAAUGUGUGGUUAAAUUGAAUUUUGUUUUGUCUCUGGUAUCGUUUAAUUUUCAAUUAAUUAUGAAAGGUGAAGUUUUUAAUCAUGAAAUUAGCUAUUUAUCAGCUAAUUGUAAUCGCAAACCUCAUGCUUUCGAUAUUAGAAACAAUUUACUUCUUUAUCCUUCAAAUCUCUCCAUAUGUAUCUAUGAUUUUGUCAAACAAAAACAUGUUCAACUUAUAAAUGGACAUACAAAACCGAUUAAUUGUGUUCGGUGGAUUGAAUCAGUUGAUAGUUUUGUAUCUUCUUCACUGGAUGGGCUCGCUAUUAUUUGGACUAAACAGGGUGAUAGUUAUGUUCAAAAAUACAAAUGUUCUGGAAUUGGAGAUGGACUGAUAGCUGUGGACUCUAUUGUUACAACAAUGAACUUUCAAUCUCAAUCUCAAAAUAAUAGUAACAAUGUAAACUAUCUAACUUGUGCAUCAUCCAAUAGUGAACAAUUAGGACUUUGGCUCAAUGAUGAGCUGGUUGCUUCCAUUAACGUACAUCAAUUCAUUUUUGACCUACGUUUGAUGCAAAAUGAACAGCUUAUGUUUGGCAAUGAUGUUGCUUUCAUUGGUCUUGUUGGUAGCGAUUCAUUAGUUCAUCUUGUGGCUAUUGACAACUUUAAAAACGUUCAUAAUUUAAUGAAAUUAAGUGGUCAUGAAAAUUGGAUUCAAUCCAUCGAUCUGCUUUCUUAUGGCUCUGAUACAUUGUAUUUGGCUACGGGAUCACAAGACAAUUUCAUUCGUGUAUGGAAAAUUUCUAAAAUUGAUUCUGAUCAUUCAGAACGAGGUCGAGUUUUCAAUUUAAAAGGAAAAUAUUUCGAGGUUGAGAUUGAAACUGUUUUACUUGGUCAUGAAGGGUGGAUAUAUUCCGUUCAAUUUGUCAAUACUCAUGGUGGAAAAAUUGGUUUACUUUCAGCCUCAAUGGAUAAAAGUAUUGUGCUCUGGCAACAAUCUGAUGAUGAUGAAAUAUGGUCUGAGUCUAUCCGAGUUGGAGAUGUAGGAGGCUGUGCUUUGGGUUUUGUUGGGGCUCAAAUUAAUACUGAUUUAACCAAAAUCAUCGGACAAUCAUUCAAUGGUGCCUUACAUUUUUGGUACCGUAAUAAAGAUUCUGACACAUGGAGCCCUGAAAUUGGCUUAGGUGGUCAUUGGGAACUUGUCACUGAUCUUUCAUGGGAACCAAAUGGCCAUUUCUUGUUAACUUGUUCAUUGGAUCAAACAACACGUUUGCAUGCUCCUUGGUCAAAUAAAGAUUCAGAAAUUACCUGGCAUGAAAUUGCCAGACCUCAGAUUCAUGGCUAUGAUUUAAAUUGUCUUACUGUGAUUGAUGGUUUAACUUUUGCUUCAGGAGCAGAAGAGAAAGUCGUGAGAAUAUUUGGUGGAACUAAAUCAUUUCUUCAAAGUUUUUUCAAUGUAUCCAAUAUUGAUUUAUCCAAUCAACUUAAAGUCAAUCGAGAUCUUCCUGAAUGUGCCAGUGUACCUCCUUUAGGCCUUUCUAAUAAAGCAAUUUACAGUGAAGUUGAUAUGGACGAGUAUUUUAAAACAGUUGUCCUGGAUAAGCCUCCAUUGGAAGAGAUUUUGCAACAAAAUACUCUUUGGCCUGAAAUUCAAAAAUUAUACGGACAUUCCUACGAGAUUUUUACUACAACCUGUAAUAAAGAACGAACUUUAUUAGCAACUGCCUGUAAAGCAAGUAAAGCUGAUAGCGCUAAUAUGAUUCUUUGGGAUAUUCGUUGUGAUUUCAAGAAAUUACAAGAGCUUCAUUUCCAUAAUUUAACAAUUACUCAAAUUCGGUUCUCUCCGAAUGAUAAAUAUAUUGUUUCAGUAUCAAGAGACAGAACCUGGUGCCUUUACGAAGUUAAAAAAAUUGACGAUGAUCUGAAAGUAAUCAAAGUUUCUAAUACUGAUAAAAAGACUUGUUUGCAUAGUCGAAUUAUUUGGGACGUUGCAUGGACUCCUGAUAAUUUAUUUUUCAUUACCUGUUCUCGGGAUAAGAAAGCAAUAAUCUGGAGUUUAGAUGAAACCUUUGAGACUGCAAAUCAAACUGGACCUGUCAAGGCAAUGGCAAAUCAUACUCUAGUUUUAACUGACCCGAUUAUGGCUAUUGACAUUGCUUAUGAUCAAGAUUCUCCUUACACGGUUGCUUUUGGAUUAGAAACCGGAAUCAUUUUACUUUACACUUGGUCAUUGCAAGCUGGCUGGAAAUUAAAGCUUAAAAUUGACAACUGUCAUACCUCGCAGAUCAAAAAAUUACGUUUCAAACCUGGAAUAAAUAAACCUGACGAGCACUAUUUACUAGCAAGCUGUGCUGAUGAUCGUAAAGUUAUUAUCCAUAAAAUUUUGUUGAAAUAAACAAAUACUACUAAUCAUAUAAUCCUCGUAUCAAUCAAUAUCAAUACUUUAUAUUAAGACAUCUGCUGGUAUCAAUGAUAUCUUAUUAUUGUAUUAAUGCUAACAAUGCAAGUUAGCAGGAUAAUGAUUUUCAUGUAAUUAAUAGCCUGAUGGCUGUUAUGGACUAUGUUUUUACUUUAAAAAAUGUGAUAACUAUGAAUUGUAAUAACAAUUUAUAAUAAUAAAAUUUUGUUAUAAACAAAUUCAAAAUUGUCAUGAAUGAAAAGAAUUUUGUUCAAUUUUUCAGGAGUGAGCUGUGAUCUUUUUUGGUGAAUGUCAAACCAACUAUUGAAACACUUGAACUUGAGUUCGUAAUGCAAAGUCAGUUAUUUUAGUGAGGUUUUAAUUGACUCAAUAAAGCCGGCUAAGUGUAAAAAUCGACUAAAACUAAAGCCGACUCACUCACUCACUAGGCUCACUAAACUCACGGUAACAACUUCGGUAUAAAAUCGCCUAUCUCUAUGUGUCACAUUUUUUCUUAAACUUCUUAUUACUUGCAUUUCCCAAAUUAAUGUUUUGUUUCACUUUAUUGCUUAUUAUCUAAUUGUAUUAAGUUGUGAAUUAAUAACUCUGGAUUCGUUUGGUACUCUCUCAACUCUAAUCUGUUUCAUAAAUCUGCUUGUGGGUUCUUCAAUUUUUAGUGCGACAUGAGUGAAGAACAUACUAUAGAUGAGCUUGACAGUGAUCCAUAUAUCUCAGGUGCUGCUCAGUGUUUCUAUCAAGCUGAACGUGUUUCAACUCUCGGAGCAAAAUAUCCAGACAAAAGCCAGCAUGAACUUAUAACACUUGCUGUUAAAGAAUGGAAUCUUGAAUUAAACAUCCACAAAAAAGUUAAAUAUUUAAGGACAGUAGAAAGAAUGGGGUUAGCUCGUCAACUGAAAAUUCGGGGAUAUCAUGGCCAAGCAAAUAAUCCACCAGCACAGCGAAGCCGAGCUACUGCAUCUUCUUUCGUCAAUUCCAAUAUUUCACUGGCUGAUUUGUUGAAAAGAGAGCCUAAAAAGCCACCCAAGAACGGUUACUCUCUAUUUACCUCUGAACAAUUGGCUAAAUAUGUAAAUGUUGAACCCCAAAAGCGUAUGUCCGAAGUUGCAAGAAUUUGGAGUCAAGUAAUAUCCAAGGAAGAAAAGGCUUCUUUUGAUGCUCGAAACAAGGAAAUGCUUUUGAAAUACCAAACAGAGCUUAACGCUUUCAUAGAAAGCCUGACUCCCGAGGAGAAGCAAGUUUAUGAGGAAUACAGGAAUAUGAAAACCAAGAGCAAGAAAAAGGUCAAGAAGUUUUAAACUUGCGGAUUCGAUGCAACUCUAAUAGUAUUCCAUCUAAUAGUUGCAUUUUUUUAAGUCCCUGACUCCACCAGUAAAGCUCUACCAACAUACUACACUUGAUACAAAAUACCAUUAAUCUCUCACUUCAUCAAACUCGGUUAAAUUGAUAAAUUAUAAAUCUAUAAUUGAUUGAUAUUAACCGAUCCAUCAAUAAUCUAAGAAACUUUUCUCUCAACUAAAAAAUCGUAUUUACAUGACUAUACAUGUAUUAAGACAUUGGAUAAUUUGCUUGAUUGAUGUAUUUUUUAGUUUAAAAUUCAUAUUAUACAGCCUUUUUGUCUUGA